AGUUAGACUAUAAACAACAAAUAGGUAGCAUUGAUUAAGAGACACACCAGGGCCAGAUUGACAUCAACCAAAACAACAUAAAAUAAAUAUAAAAGAAAAUCACAAAAAGUCAAGAGUAGUCUGAGAAGGCCAGAGUGAAGAGGUGAGUUUUGAGCAUGGAUUUGAAUAUGGAGAGUGAAGUGCAUGUACGUAGUGCAAGUGGGAGGGUGUUCCAGAGUUUAGGGCCAGCCACACUAAAUGCCCUGUCACCCAUGGAACAGAGAUGAGCAGAGGGGGUGGAUAGAAGGUGUGCAUCAGUAGAGCGUAAGGUGUGGGUGGGUUUGUAUAAGGUGAGAAGAUCGGCAAGGUAGCUGGUGCUAGGUUGUCCUGGGCUUUGUAGAUGAGCAGAAGGAUUUUGAACUGAAUCCAAGAUUGUACUGGAAGCCAGUGUAACUGAUGGAGGAUAAGAGUGAUAUGUUGCCAUGGUCUUAUAUGGGUGAGAAGUCUAGCUGCAGAGUUUUGGAUAUGUUGUAGUCUGUUUAAUGAUUUUGCUGGGAGACCAAUAAGGAGGGAAUUACAGUAAUCGAGUCUGGAGGUUAUGAAGGCAUGAAUGAGGGUCUCAGCAGUAGCAAAGUUGAGUGAGGGGCGGAGUUUGGAGAUGGUUUUUAGAUGAAAAUAAGCCGUUCUGGAGACAAGUUUUAUACGGGAAUCAAAAGACAGUGAAGAAUCAAAGAUGACACCUAGGUUAUUAACUUCAGAGGUAGCAGUGGUGAAAUAGCCAGGUAUGGAAAAAUGUGACUGAUUUAUCUUCUUCAGCAGUGUUGGUGUGGCAAUAAGAAUGGCUUCAGUCUUGUCAUGGUUGAGUUUGAGAAAUUUGUGUGCCAUCCAGUUACUAAUGUCAUUGAGGCAAGUGACCAGAUUCGAGGGAGGGAGUGGAUGGGAGAAAUGUAGGUGUGAAUGUAAAUUUGUGUGUCAUUGGCAUACAAAUGGAAAUUUAAGCCGUAAUGACGGAGAAUGUGACCAAGAGGGAGGAGGUAGAUGAUGAAGAGCAGGGGGCCAAGGACAGAACCUUGUGGGACACCAUGUGAGAGGGGAGCACUAGGGGACCUGAAAUCACCAAUAGAGACAAACUGUUCCCUACCCGUGAGAUAUGAUGUAAACUAAGCAAGUGCAGUGCCUGAAAUGCCCAACAGUGCCUCCAGCCGGGUGAGCAGUGUGUUGUGGCAGACCGUGUCAAAAGCAGCUGUGAGGUCUAAAAGCAGGAGAAUACUGACAUGGCCCGAGUCAGCAGUAAUGAGCAGGUCAUUUACGACCUUGACCAGGGCCGUCUCAGUGCUGUGCUUUGUCCUGAAUCCAGACUGAAACUCCUCCCAUAGGCUGCAAGAGGUCAGGUGAUCUUGAAGCUGUGUACUAACACUGAUUAUGCUACUGUUCUCAAAACAUGCUUCUUAAGUUUACAUGCUUCACAUUAUUAAGCUCAAAUUAGUACAUGCAUGAUUCUCCCCUUCCAGUUUCUCAUACCUCUGCCCAUUAACACCGGGGCACCCCACCCCUCACAUACUCGUUUUUUUCCUGUCUAGCUACCAGAUUUAUUCUGUCUUUCCUUCCUCUAACCAUACAGAAUGUUCCCCACUCAAGUGCACACCCAUCCAUCCACAAGAACAAGCAAUAUCUUCUAUGCCUAACGCUCAAGAGAGUACAGCAAUCUCACAAUGCAGCUAACUUUCAAUUUCUAUUCCAUAAGAGGAACCUUGAUAAACACUUUCAGGGUGGGGAUCUAUUUUGCAAUAUACUGUAUACAAUGGCAUGCAGCUUUGCAUGAUGGGAAAUGUCAAUGUCACUGCAGGAACAGGUUAAUACCUUUGACGCAUAUAAUCUAACGGCAGGAGAUCAGCUGCAGACACUUCAGCUACAACUGUAUCAGGAGACCUGAGUUAUAGGCACUCAGUGCAAAGCAUCUUCUGACACCGACCUAUAAGAAAGCAUGGCUGCACGUGCUGAAGUAAGAAUUGUGCUUUUGGGAAAAACAGGAUCUGGGAAGAGCAGCGCAGGAAAUGUUAUCCUGGGGGAAGAGAAGUUUGACGUUUCCUCUGAUCCUAUCAGUGAAACAAUAGACUGUCAAACAGAAGAGGGAAACAUAAAUGGCUGGAAAUUUACAGUAACUGACACACCAGGGAUCUUUGACACUGGCAGGUCUGAUAAGGAUCUGAAGUAUUCCAUAAUAUCCUGUCUCACUGAAUGUGCUCCUGGUCCACAUGCCUUCAUCUUAGUGCUGGAAGUGGGAAGACACACCAAAGAGGAUGAAGACACUGUGAGGAAGAUACUGAAGUGGUUUGGGGAGGAAGCCCUGAAGCACACAGUCAUCCUCUUCACACGUGGUGAUGAGCUUAAAGAAAACCAGACCAUUACAGAGUAUGUAAAGAUAAAAAAGGAUCUGAAGGAUCUUGUUGAUAAGUGUGAAGGUCGAGUCCAUGUCAUUGACUCUCAGCAGUGGAACAAAAAUGAUGAUAAAAAUGCUCAAUCUGCAGACCUUCUGGAACAACUAAAGAAAAUGAUGAUAGAAAAGAGAGAAGCUGGGGAUUCACAGGCUGUACAGACACUGGAAGAACUGAACAACAGGCUCUUAGAACCAAGAUCAUCAACACCUGAUCAUGAACCGGGCCAAGGGUCUGAAAGAUCUACAAGUUCUGGAGGAAACCUGGAUGAAUCAGAGUACAGGAGCAACAGCUUUCAGAUUAAACAGCUGCUGACAACUAUAGAGAACAUGGUGAGAGACAACAGAGGCAGUCAUUACACAAAUAAAUCACUCCAGGUAAUAGCAGAAGCUAUAGAGAUGGAGGUGAAAAGGAUAAAAGAAGAGAUGGAGGAGAGAAGAGAGAAAGCAGAGGAGUCUGAGAUCAGGAGACGAGCAAGAGAGAGAGUGAGGACCAAGUCUCUGAGAUUUGUGGCAGGAGUGACUACUGGGGCUUUACUGGGGGCUCUGCUGGGUGUGGGUGUAGGAUUAUCACUGCCAGCUAUAUUGGCAGCUGGACUCCUGGUGGGAGCAGUAGCCAGAGGUUAUGGA